AUGUCUGAAGAAACAGUCGAAAAAAAGACCUUUGCUAAAAGAGUGACCAACAAGGAGUCCUCAGAAGAUCCUCACGCCAAGUUGACCUUGUUUGUCAGAGGUCUCCCCUUUGAAGCUACCAGCAAAGAUCUCGAAGAUUUCUUUGGUGAAAUUGGUCCUAUCCGUAAAUGCUUUGUAGUGACCGACAAAUCAGUUGCUCCUGCCGAAGGACAAGCACCCAAAAAUAAAGGCUUUGGUUAUGUUCAUUACGCCUUGGAAGAAGAUGCUCAAUCCGCCAUCACCAAAUUGAAGAAUGUCAAAUUUCAAGGAAGAAAGCUCAAGAUUGAACUCGCCAAAAGAAAAUCAGAGACUGUGCGUGAAGAUACCAAGAAGGAAGCUGCACCCAUCGCUGCUAUUGAUACAGAAUCCAAGAAGCCUUCAGUACCUUUGGAAUUCGAUGUCAAUGCUCGUUUGAUUGUGCGUAAUCUGCCUUGGAAGUACAGGGAAGCUGAUUUGAGAAGUUUGUUUGAAAAGUAUGGUAAAGUGCAUGAUGUCAAGUUGCCUCGCAAAUAUGAAGGUGGCCCUCUUCGUGGUUUUGCCUUUAUUCAAUUCGAGAAAGUAGAGGAGGGUAAAGCU